AGUUAGUCUACCCCCAAAAGUUAAACUUGAGUGCAUGGCAACCUACAAGUUGCAUGAUGAUGUGGCUACAAUGGCAUCAGUGUCUCUGUCACCAUUACGAGACUCUUUGCUCUUGGGUUUCAAAGAUGCAAAGCUUUCUGUUGUGGAGUAUGAUCCAUUUAAUCACAAUCUUAGAACUGUAUCCUUACAUUAUUUUGAGAAAGAAGAUAUACGGGGUGGAUGGGUCCAGACAGUUUGCUUGCCAUUGGUCCGUGUAGACCCAGAGGCCAGAUGCGCUGCUAUGCUGAUCUUCGGAAAGAAGAUUGUAAUAUUGCCCUUCCGUCGUGACCUUGCCACAGAUGAUGUUGAAUUCACAAGUGGUCCAUUCACAAGAGGUCCUGUUCAGCAGUCCUACAUUAUAGAUCCUAAAACAUUUGAAACCAACAUUGAUAAUAUAUUAGAUAUGCAGUUUUUACAUGGCUAUUAUGACCCUACUCUCAUGCUGUUAUAUGAACCCAUCAAAACUUUCCCAGGGUAAGGCUUCAUCCCAUUUUGUAUGAAAUUUAGGGCCUUAUUUAGAAAAUUUAAAUGCUUAUUAUAUUACUACUAAUAAAAUAUUACAUUAAGAAACAAAUGGACCAUAAUUGUUGGGAAUUUUUACUUGCUUAUAAGCCCAAUUCUCAGUUGUCAUAAUUGAUGGCACCAGC